AUGUCGAAAGCAAUGAACUCGCCGACGGCGCGGCUGCUGCAGACAUCUCGCCUCUUCUCCCUGCCCCGGCCAUUGCCCACACCAGCGCUGGAGCAGGCCACCUCAACUGGCGUCUUUCGCGCAUCCGAGACGGCAACCUUGCCUCAUCCAACACAUCAAGCCAUUGCCACGCCAGCUUCAUCACAUUUCCGCGGUGACUGGGGAUUGAAGCGUGCUCUGCCCGGAAAGGCGACCCGCUACACUUCCACUCCCGUCAUUCGUGUCCGCGCUCAGGACAAUCCUCAACACAUUACCGAUUUCGAAAGCGCCGCCGAUCACACCUUGACUGAGCGGAAAUGGCAGGAAAUGAGCGUGCCCUUAAUGGCCAAGAACACAAGGUCGACCUACACGGAUACCGAUCGCAUUGCUCGAAGUGUCUACGAGGACAAUCUGGAUAACACCGAUCCCAAUGUCGUUGCAAGUCUGAAUCCCAACUCCAACCAAUCAUCAUCGAGACCUCCAAUUCCUGGCUUGCCCACCAGAAGCAAUGCCCUGCUCGCAGAUACGUUGGGAGUGAAACGAUGGAAGUACAGCAGCCCUUGGAUCACUGGCAUGCAGGAGGGCGAGUUCAACCACUACGUCGCAAAGACGAUCGCAGGUCRAAAGGACAAAUUUCGCAAGUUCUUGGUCCAGCGCAUAGCAGAUCAGCGAGUACAGGAGGAGGAGAGAUCUUUGCGCGAUCAAGGCAUUGGGAGACAACUAUCCGCGGAUCGGAUUCAGAGUAUUCGCAGAAGCGUGGAGCAGAACUUUGAAACGGAGGAGAAGAGACUCCGCGACGCACAUUCUGAGAUGCACUUGGGCUCUGAGCUUACUGCAGCAAUUUGCGAAUUCCUGGACUUGCCUGGCGUACGAGUUGCCCCACAGGGCGCUGUGAGUCAGAACGAGGCUUUCGCAAACAAAAUGUCUGCCGGCUUGGGAUCAGACGUAACUGGUCCGCCUUCGACACACCCCGCAGCUGGUCUCUCGCAUAUACGCACAAAUGCAUUCAUGGAAAUGCAUCCUCUGUGGGGAGCACAAUCCCAUCGCGCUCCUGUGCUCGCUCGUGUUCUCAGUCCUCGCCUGCGAGCACAGGGCAAUGAAUUCCAAGCAAGGCUUGGAGUCGGUGGUAUUGUCGCCAACGAUCCCAACGGCGCAUCGUACCAUCCUGAGCGAAAUGCAGCAGUCCGCGCAGAUCAGACCAAGGAAGAACAAUGGUUAGAUGCAGAGCGUAUGACCCAUCAGCUCGACCCCGAUCUUGAGCAUGGCAACAAAGUCUGGGUUCACCCUGAAAUCGCCCACAUCGAUGAGCAGGGACACAUUCGUCUCGACGUCACCCGUGGUGAUAAGGAGUCUAUCGCUGUGAAGACCUCCCACGUGGAGCCGAUUAUCGAGGCUCGAAACGCAAUGGGYCAGGCUUCGCCUAUGGCGGCUCCUGGCACCGCAGGCAGCGCAAACUAUGGUUUCUCUCUUGCGGAUAGGAGAUAUGCCUCGCCCAUUUCUAGCCUUCGCGGUUUUGACGCUGAGAUGGGAAGAAGCCCGAAGGAUGGUCAAAUGGACAAAGAAGAGGCGCAACAAAGGAUUCGAAAAUUGUUGGAAGGUAGUGGCACUCCGAGAACACCGAAGGGCGGAGCGUAG